CAGAGCGCGCCUCCGCUCCUUCUUUCUCUCAUCCUGAAGAUGGCGGCAGGGACUCUCUUCACAUACCCAGAGAACUGGAGGGCCUUCAAGGCUCAGAUUGCGGCCCAGUACAGCGGGGCUCGUCUGAAGGUGGCGAGCGCCCCCCCUGCCUUCACCUUCGGGCAGACAAACCGCUCCCCUGCCUUCCUCAGCAACUUUCCCUUGGGCAAGGUUCCAGCUUAUCAGGGUGAUGAUGGCUUCUGUCUGUUUGAGAGCAACGCCAUCGCUCACUACCUGAGCAAUGAUGCCCUCCGUGGAAGCACUCCUCAAGCCAGUGCCCAGGUGCUGCAGUGGGUCAACUUUGCUGACUCUGAGAUCAUCCCCCCAGCCAGUGCCUGGGUCUUUCCAACUCUGGGUAUCAUGCAGUUCAACAAACAGGCCACUGAGCAGGCCAAGGAGGAGGUGAAGCGUGUGCUUGCUGUUCUGAACCAGCACUUAAACACCCGCACUUUUUUGGUUGGCGAGCGUGUGAGCCUGGCUGACAUCACUGUGGUCUGCUCUUUGCUUUGGCUCUACAAGCAGGUUCUUGAGCCUGCUUUCCGUCAACCCUACCCCAACGUCAACCGCUGGUUUGUGACCUGCAUCAACCAGCCCCAGUUUAAGGCUGUUCUUGGAGAGGUCAAGCUCUGUGAGAAGAUGGCACAGUUUGAUGCCAAGAAGUUUGCUGAGAACCAGCCCAAGAAAGAGACACCUGCCAAGAAAGAGAAAGCUGCCAAGGAUGCUGGGAAGCAGCAGCAGCAGCAGCCCCAGCAACAGCCGGAGAAAAAGGAAAAGAUAAAGGAGGAGAAGAAAGCUGCCCCUCCUGCUGAAGAGAUGGAUGAGUGUGAAGCAGCUCUGGCUUCUGAACCCAAAAUCAAGGACCCAUUUGCACACCUUCCGAAGAGCGCUUUUGUUAUGGACGACUUCAAGAGAAAGUACUCUAAUGAGGACACACUGACUGUAGCUCUGCCACACUUCUGGGAAAACUUUGACCGUGAGGGCUUUUCUAUCUGGUAUGGCGAGUACCGCUAUCCACAGGAGCUGGCCAUGACCUUCAUGAGCUGCAAUCUUAUCACAGGAAUGUUCCAGCGUCUGGAUAAACUGCGCAAGAAUGCUUUUGCUAGCGUCAUCCUCUUUGGCACCAACAACGACAGUUGCAUCUCUGGCAUCUGGGUAGUCAGAGGCCAGGAUCUAGCUUUCCCUCUGUCCGACGACUGGCAGAUCGACUACGAGUCCUACAGCUGGCGCAAGCUGGAUGUGGACAGCGAGGAGUGCAAGACCAUGGUGAAGGAGUACUUUGCAUGGGAGGGUGAAUUUAAGCAUGUAGGCAAACCUUUCAAUCAAGGCAAGAUCUUCAAGUAAGCUCUGAUGGCACUUACCAAUCAACGUUGAAAUCCAAGGACAUGCAGAAGGGAACCUGGUGUGAAAAAAAGAACUUAAAUGCAUAGUUGGAGAGCUGUGUGCUAAAAAGGUUUUGAGUUGAGAAAUAAAAUGCUUUUCUCAGUU